CGUAGUCUGCUGGCGGCUCUGCAACGGCCCGGUCAUCAUCGUCGCGUUCGGUUCCGACUCGAUUCCACUCGAUUCCACUCGAUUCCCUUCGAUUCGAUUCGUUUGCGCCCGAAAACAUAUCUCGUUGUUCGAGCAAAAAGAGUGUGUGAAGUUUUCGAAAAGUGUCGGCUGCCGCGGAAGAUAGUUCCCAAGGUAUUCCCCAUACCAUUCUCCUUCCGAGUGGAAGUUUAGACCUCCGACUUCUGGCCGAGCGACGGAGUGGGCGAAAGACCGUCGGCAAGUGUUCCGGUUGGUGUGAAAACAAGCAGGCUGAUAAGGCCAAUGGGAAUAGAGACAGCCAAACGAAGAAAAACACAAGAUAAAACCGAUUCUGAAGAGAUCGCCGAGAACAACGUCUACAGUAUUUACAGAUAGAUCCACAGAUAACUGAGAGCGAGAAGCCGCUGCCCUCGAGCACUGACCAGAUCGCCUCCCGGAUCCUGGAUUAUGGGCAUAUCGGAGGAGAUCAAGCUGGAGGAACUACCGCAAGAAGCCAAGCUGGCGCACCCGGAUGCCGUAGUGCUGGUGGACCGCGCCCCCGGCUCCUCGGCCGCCUCCGCGGGCGCCUCGCUGGCGGUUUCGAUGUCGGCCUCCGGCGGAGCGCCCAGUGGACCAGGUGGAGCGAGUGGAGCCAGCGGGGGGACGAACAGCCCCAUCUCGGAGGGGAACAGCGACUGCGAGGCGGACGAGUACGCCCCGAAGCGGAAGCAGCGGCGCUAUCGCACAACCUUCACCAGCUUUCAGCUGGAGGAGCUGGAGAAGGCCUUCUCGCGGACCCAUUAUCCCGACGUGUUUACGAGAGAGGAGCUGGCGAUGAAAAUUGGAUUAACCGAGGCGCGCAUUCAGGUCUGGUUCCAGAAUCGGCGCGCCAAGUGGCGCAAGCAGGAGAAGGUCGGCCCCCAGUCGCAUCCGUAUAAUCCCUACCUGCCCAGCGGCGCCGCCACCAUGCAGACCGUGGUGGGGGCCGCCCUGCCGCCCAACCCCUUCACCCACCUCGGCUUCCAGCUGCGCAAGCCCUUCGACGCCCAACACGCCGCCAACCUGGCCGCCUUCCGCUACCCGCACCUCUCGGCCGCCCCCAUGAUCCCGUCGGGCUACUUCAACCAGUUCCAGAGAGCUCCUCCCCACAUGCUGCCCCAUGGAAUGGCGGGCAUGUACUCCCCCUCGAGCUCCUUCCAAUCGCUGCUGGCCAACAUGACGGCGGUGCCGCGGGGUCCGCCGCUCGGGAAACCCUCCUCCCUGCUGGUGGGAUCGCCCGAUCUGCAUUCGCCCAACCACCUGAUCGCCUCGCCGCCCACCUCGCCCGCCUCCGGCCACGCCUCCCAGCACCAGCAGCACCCGGCCGCCCAUCCGCCGCCCCAGGCGCCUCCGCAGCUCCCGGUCGGAGUGCAGCCCGCCCAGCUCUCGCCGCAGCAGCUGGUGGGGAUCGCCCUGACGCACCAGGCGCCGUGCCUCUCGCCCACCCAGACCUCCCCGGUGGCCCUGACCCUGGCGCUCCCCCAGCGUCAGCUGCCUCCCCCACCGCCCUCGCACCAGCCCCCUCCUCCGCCCCCCAGAGCUGCCACGCCCCCCGAGGACCGACGCACCUCCUCCAUUGCCGCGCUGCGUCUGAAGGCCCGGGAGCACGAGCUCAAGCUGGAGCUGCUGCGCCAGAACGGCCAUGGCAACGACGUGGUCAGCUAGCUGGAGGAGCGGAGCUCCGAGGACCCGCUGGUCAGGAGGGACAUCCCAAGCCCAAGUGCAAACACAUUGCCCGUUCACCGUAGUCUUAAGCCAAUAAGUUAUUCGAUUGUAUGUACUUGACACGGAAGUUCAGCAAG